UAUUUGUUCAUACACCGACUGGUGUCAUUUAGCGGCAUUUUGGCUCAACAAUACUAAAAGUACUUCUGUUUAAUGCUCGCUUAUAACUAGAUAUUAUAGAGCCUUACUUAUAACCACGGACGUACAUAUUAUAACAAAUAUCAUAUCGGUUUAAGACAUUAUAUCGCUAGAUGGCGCCAGUGAGUAGUUUUGGCGACUCGGUUUGACGAUCUCCUUAUCACAAUUCGUUGUGUAACCACUAUAUUAUCUGAAACCAUGACUGGCAAAUUUUAGUAUUAACAUCAUAUAAGAAUAAUAAUAAUAAUAAUUCCCGUAUGGCCGUUUGGUCAUUUAGUAUUUGGCUGCAAACAGCAUUACAGCAACACCCAACAGGUAGUAACAAGUUCCAAACAGUACUUUAGUAUAACAACGCAAAGUCUUAAUUUGCUACUAUGGAACAAUAUCAUCGAGAAUUGAUCAACAGUUGUAUGUCAGAUUUAAUAUAUGUUACUUCUGAUUUAGAAACUAUUGUUGAAAAUUUAUUAGAAAAAAAUGUUAUCAAUGAUUGGAUGAAAAGUUAUGUUUUGGAAGGUGAGGGAGAAUUAAUCAAAAAAACAAAGUUUUAUAAAUUAAUUCAAGGACGGGGACCUAACGCAUUUACAGCUUUAUGCAGAGUAUUAGAAGAAACAAGUAACAUAGAAGCUCGCAACAUUUUAACAUCAUCAAAAACAAGUGAGAAAGAGGAACAACAAUUAAGUUCAAUUGAACUAUUAGACACCGUGGCAUUGAAAAACACCAUCUCUGAACAUGAUGCGCCCUAUGUAAAAAUUCACCCUGAUUGCAAAUUCAUUGAAAAUGAUUUAAAUAAUUUACAAAGUAGUCACGGUGUUUAUCCAAUGAGAUCAAAUCCUAAGGGCCAUGCAUUGAUUUUAAAUAUCAAUAAUAUAAAAGAUAAAGACAAAAUUAUAGGAUUUGAUAAUGACAUGGCAAACGUAAAAAAAUUAUUUAAAUGCCUUGGAUUUAUUGUUCACUCAAAAGCAGAUUUAAUUGAAAAAGAAAUAAAAUAUGUUAUUAAUAAGUUCAUGGAUAUUUGCCGUAGUGAAAAAGCUAAUUCUAUUGUUGUGUUUAUCAUGUGUCAUGGUGUAACUGGAAAAGAUUCAACUAAAUCAUCUGAAGAUGGCAUUAUAAUAAAUGCUGACUGGUUAAUUGAACAAUUCAUGCAUAAAAAAUUUUCUGAAAAUACACCAAUGUUAUUUUUUAUUGAUGCAUGUCGAGGACCAAAUAGAGAUUUUGGUUGGAAAUACUGCGAUGGUAAAAAUAAUUACUUACAAAAUUAUGAUUCUAAUAUGUACCCAAUCGGAACAAUUUUGGACCAACGUUAUCAAGAUGUUUUCAUAGCAUAUGCCACUCUUCCUGGGCAUACUGCAAUACGUGAUCCAAUAGAUGGGUCAUGGUUCAUACAAAAGUUGUGUCAAGUAUUUUGUGAAAAUGCUUAUAAUACCGAAUUGGCUAGAUUGAUGUGUUUGGUGGAUAUUAAAUUAGAUGAACUGAGCAGCAUUGACCAUAGGUCUCAAACAGCAGAAUGGUCAUUUAGAGGUUUCAGAAAAAGGUUUUUCUUUAAUCCAGGCGUAUAUGAAGAUAAUCCAGAUGAUAAUAUUUUAAUGACUUCUUCAACCAAUCCUACUGAUGUUUAAGCAGAAUAUCAUUUUUCAAAUAUUAUUUAGUUAAGUUUAUGUUGUCUACAAAUUUUUUUGUCAAAAUUAUACAAUUAAUAUUGAUAAUAUAUAUUUUAUAGUUUUUUUUUUAUUUUUUAACGUCUUUGUUGUACUGAAUAUAGGCUUAACAAAAGUUUUUUUAAUUUUUUUAAUUACUAUUUACAAUUUAUAUAUAUACAUUUAUCAUAUUCAU